GGGAAAAUUUAACAGACGUCAGAGAAGGAAGGACGGGCUGCGUUUGCGCGGGGAAAGGGGGGCCUGGUGCAUCUCCUUUUUCGUGCCCACCCGACAGGGCGAGGAGCCAGAGAGGCUGGAAGGGGUGUCCAACCAGUAUUCGUGUGUAUUGCGUGGAGUGUCUGAUGUCGAUCGCUUUUAGGGGGACUUCCUGGGGAAGAGUGGAGUGCAAGGUAAAAUGUCAGCUGACAGCCUGUCAAGCAAAGCCCUAAAGAUCAAGCGGGAGAUGGGUGAGAACACACCGCACCUGUCAGAUGAGGAGCUAAUGGGGUUGUCAGUGCGGGAACUCAAUCACCACCUGCGAGGCCUGUCGAAGGAGGAAGUGGCCCGGUUGAAGCAACGCCGGCGCACACUGAAAAACCGCGGCUAUGCAGCCAGUUGCCGGGUCAAGCGUGUUUGCCAGAAGGAGGAGCUGCAGAAGCAGAAGACAGAGUUGGAAAGGGAGGUGGAUAAGCUGGCUCGUGAGAAUGCUGCUAUGCGCCUUGAGCUUGAUGCCCUGCGUAGCAAGUAUGAGGCACUGCAAGGUUUUGCCCGCACGGUCACUGCUCACGGUACUACUGCCAAGGUGGCUACUGCCAGUGUCAUUACCAUCGUCAAAUCUGGCUCCAACCAGGCUGCAUACUCCUAGUGCCUACAUGCCAAGUUGUGAACUGAGUCCUGUUGCCAUGCCUCGCCCAGCUCUCACCUAGAAUGGCUGUAGCUGCACUGGCCCCUUCACUUCUUUUCACUUUUCCUCUGCCAUCUUAAGGAGACAGAAUUGACUUGAAGACAGAAUGGCUGAACGUUGAACUUCCUUCUCUGUCCCCUUUCUCCUCUGGGAGAGGUUGGGAAGGUAGUGCCCGACUUGUGUAAUUUUUGCUGUUAAUGUGAUCCAUGAAUUGGAAUGCAGUGGCCAGUUAUCUCUUGCCCCUUCCUGAACCGCUUUUCUCUUCCAUUUUUUAUUUUGACUUCUCCCCCUCCAAGUUAGUGUAAUGAGUUGGAGAUGGCUUCUCUGUUGUUAUAGCUGGAAUACAGCUACAAAGAAUGUUUAGCUGUAUAGGUAGUGAAUGGGAAAUACCUUAUCUGUAAAGGAGCAGAAAGAAUGCUAAGUUGAAGCUAAGGAGAACUGCAUAUUCCACCUUAGAUGAAGGGUGGGACAUAAAUGUAAUGAAAGCCUGUAUUGUCAGUAAGAGCCAAGGAUGCUGGAGUAAACUUAAGUCAUAAGACGUGGUUACCUUCUAGGUGUCUUGGUGGACCUGGUUGCGCUUGUCCUUUUUUAAAGAAUUGGUAUACAUACCAUAGUUGUUGCUGCUCACUUCCCAAUUUUAGGCUGUGUUCAGCCCUAAGCUCUGAAACCGCAUAAUGUGAUGAGAGGAUUACAGGAACAAUCAUAGCAAUACAGAAAAGGGAGUGUUUGUUGAAGCAAGGGAAAAGAAGCAAAAUGAUUGUUGGGUGAUCAUGAGGUUAAUGACAGGAAGGGGAUCACAAGGUCCUUGUCAAAGCAAAGUUGCUGGCAUCCUGUCCUGGGCCCGUACUGCAUAUCAAAGGAGAGGCCACUUCUGCCUCCAGCUGCGAAUGCAUGAAAACAUUGGUUCAUGUAUGCUUCUAUUCUAACAGUGCUGUUAAGGCUGCAAAAUAUCCCUCAUGGAAGAGAAGCAACUUCAUCAAUGGCAAAUACAAGCUGAGGAAAGUAAAGAUGGUGUUGAGAGGAGGCAGGAGAAAGAAGGGCAAAGCAUGUGACAUGACUGGAUAGGAAAGUGGCAGCAGGAAAGCCUUUCUGUUCUGGUGUGAGCUACAAAGUUUGCCUGACUUUGCAGCUCAUGUGCUGUGCAUAGUGUAAUGGGUAACAUAACUGGGGGGUCAAACAAGGGGCCAAGUCACCCAUUCCCCAAGAAAGCCAUCCGGGCCAGUAUCUUACUAGGUUCUAUCAACUUGUUUGAAGAUAAAUAGUAGGAAGGUGAAAUAUCCCCCCCCCUUCCCGACAUUCUAGAGGGAAUAAAAAAAUUGUAUUUCCUUUCCAUCUUCUGACUUUUUUCAUUGGGUGGAAACGUUAGAAAUCAGGAAAGAGCUCCUCACUUAAAUGUUGUGGAGAUAAAAUGUGUGGUGUUCAAGCAGGAUCUAACCACAGAUCUGGUAAGGCAGUACAGGGAAAAUGCAGUUCCUUGCUGUGGUUUUUAAACUCUUUUCCUCAAAUUUUUCACCGAGAGUGACAACCCCUACACAAACUCAAUCUUAAGGUUCCUAGGAGGAGGAGGGAGAGCCACUUUCUGCCCCCAACGAGCUAGACAGACAAAGCCCAGCUGGAAAAAUGGGGCGAGGAGGGCAAGGGCAGAGCUGGUGCUGCUGCUGAAAUGUCUUGUGUAUUCUUCUUUUCAUCCUUUUGGAUCCUGCUGCAUUACUAAAGCAAAAGCAAAGGGGAAACUCAUUGCUGCGUCCUCAGAAUUGGCGUGUUGUUUUUCCCCGCCUUGUCAAGAAGACGUGGGAAACAUGCUUGGAUUCCCAGCUGAUAGUUGCUGUUCUGCUAUGAAAGAGUAGUGGUGCCACAUGCCUAAUUCAGGCCCAGCUUGAAUGAGAUGCCACUUCUUUAUUUCUUUAGAUUCUUCAGGGUUCUGUGGAGCUAACGUCACUCUGAAAGCCAGGUUGCCUGUCACACUAGGGAGCUGCAGCCUGGGUGUGUGCUCGAUUUAAAUGUGACACCAACACUGGGUAAGCAGUUUUAGCCCAACUGCUAUCAUCCUUAAAUUGGCCUGAGAAUCUUGGCACAAAUGGGGAGCAAAGCUGUAGACAGAACUCCUCUAGCAAGGAAAGGCUGCCAGGUCAACCUUUCUGAUCUUUCUUUUUUUUAAAGCAGGCAAACUAAUAGGCCAGGGAUGGCUAAGGUGCAAGUGCUCCUUCCCAGAUAACAGAAAGGGCAUUGGAUUAGAGGACUUGUAAAGGCACCUUUCACUCUUACAAAUUUUACAUAGGAACCUGUGAGUGUUUGUGGGCAGUCACUUCUAAGCAUUGUACCAUUGUGACUUAUUUAAAUGGCAAAAAAUUACCUGUUAAUUCUUUAGACAUACGGUUGGGUUCACCCAUCCUGCAGCUUACCAUGACAUCCACCCCCAUGAUGGAAUCAGCUUCCAAGCCAGUGUUGUCCGUCCUUCCCGUACUUUGAUGAUCCUUAUGGGGGGGUCCUUGUUUAGCAUUUCUUCCCUUCCCCUUCCUCAUUUCCUACCCUAUGAUUUAUUUAUUGCACGAAUAUAAGUUAUUUUCACGUCCUUUAUGCCAUUCCGCCUUGUGGCACGGCCAGGAUGUUGGUACAGAGCCGUACUUUAUAUUUUAUAUAUGCAAAUCACAUUUUAUCUUCUAUAGAGCAAGAAAAAAGUACUUAUUUAUUUUCUGACUUACAGUAAGUGUCCUGCCAGACUCCUCUGUAUUUUGUAGACUUUACAAAUAAAGCCA